AUGGCAUUCAAGGUCCACUUUCAGUUCAUCGCUCUCUUCGCCCUGAUCGCCGCCACCAACGCCGGUGUUCUGCCCGCCGCCCAGGUGUACCACGCCGCUCCCGCUGUGGCCACCUACGCCCACGCACCUGUGGCCACCUACGCCCACGCACCUGUGGCCGUGGCUCAUGCCCAGCCCGUCCUGACCAAGGCCGCCGAGGAGUACGAUCCUCAUCCUCAGUACAAGUACGCUUAUGAUGUUCAGGACUCUCUGUCUGGAGACUCCAAGAGCCAGGUUGAGGAGCGCGACGGAGAUGUGGUCCGCGGCGAGUACUCCCUGAUCGAUGCCGAUGGCUACAAGAGGACCGUCCAGUACACCGCCGAUCCCAUCAACGGAUUCAACGCCGUGGUGAACCGUGAGCCCCUUGUCAAGGCCGUUGCCGUUGCUCCCGUUGUGAAGACCAUUGCCGCCGCCCCUGUGGCCCACUAUGCUGCCCCCGUUGCCCAUUACGCCGCCCCAGCUGUGGUCAAGACUGUUGCUCCAGUGGCCCACUAUGCUGCCCCCGCUGUGGUCAAGACUGUGGCUCCCGUGGCUCACUAUGCCGCUCCUGCCACCUACACUUCGUACGCCGCCCCCGCUGUUGCCUACCACCAUUAA